AACAAUCGCGUCCUCUACUUCUCAAGAUUCAGUUUGUGUUUGACUGCGGAAAGUGAUGGUUUCACUAUCUAAAAAUUCAUAUGGAGCGUGUCACCGCAUUUCUGGUUAUAUUUUCUACGAAUUUCGCAAUUCAAAGUUUUCCCAUAGAGAAUGGAUUUUCUGUGAAAUUCAACCCCAUUUCUGUGAAAGAAGAUCUUAAGCCGAAAAAAUUUGGCGCAUUAUUUGCGAAAGUGCCUCAGGAUUUUAGAGCUGAGAAUGAGAUAAGGAGGGAGGUGCUCACCAAGUCUUUCUUCCCUCAGAAGAGCGACGCCCAUGCGGGGUUUUCGAAUCAAGUGGCCAAGUUGUUAUAUCCAACUAGAUAUGUGUACGAUACUAAUAACUCGAGAUCGUGGACGAACCAUGUCCAUUUCCUUAAUCUGCCAAUUUUAAGUCAGCCUUACGACGAUUAUAAGAUACUGGUGGCCACAGCACCGCCGAACAUACACGUGGGUGACAACAAGCGGACGCUAGUAUAUGUCAUAUUCCCGGAAGAUUCACAAUCAGCUUCUGUUAAAACUGGCUUCAGUAACGUACCUACGGUUUACUUUGUGAAUGAAAGAAAUAGCAAAAUGGAUCUCGAAAAGAAAGGGCCAGUUGACCCAAUAUUUAUUGUUGACAAUAACCGCACUGUCACAGGCCUGAAGAGUAAAGAAAUAGCAAAGUUUGUGAGGUUUAGAAAUAAAUGGACGAAUCGCUAUGACUACAAGGUUGCGCGCUGAAAAUGUUCUUACAGACAUUUAUUGAGUUUAUAAUUUAAAAUUACUUUGAAAUAUGCGUUCAUUUUAGCGACGUGCUCUUGUUUAGACAAUGUUGUUAAAUACGCCUAUCAAUAUGUACAUUGCCUUGUAAUUAAAUCGGAUCAUUUAAAUAUGCAUUUAGUUUCAUUUUUGUCAAGCAUACAUAGUGUAUUCCGGAGUUUAAACCUCCUUCGAAUGAAAUUCCAUGACGUGGGGUGAGUUUUUCAUCGAAGAAACACACAAGUAAAUUAAAAGUAGACGUCUUACAAGUUUCCCAUCAGUGGAUUGUCUCGACGGCUAAUGAUGCCCUAUCAAUGCGAGCUUUUCGUCUGGUUGUUUUUGCAUUUCCAUUUUCGAAAUUCAGAAUGCCGGUAUUAUUUUGUGUUGACAGUUGGGCUGUUGUGGCAAUGAUAAAGUUCAUGGUGGCAAAUUAUUUUCGUGUACGUUUUGUUUUAUCUGAUCUAUCUUGUGUAUAUGUAGGUGUUGGAUUAUAAUUAUUGGUGAGGGUAAUAAUUCCAGAUAUUUCUCCAGUUUUUUAUAUUCGAGUACAAGUUUAACUUCAAUAUGAGCACCUACUCGUUCUUCAGCCAAUCUCUCGUGGAAUUUGAGAACUUUGUUCUCAAUAUGAAAAUGUGAAAUAAUAAAACUUGUCACUCUUGCCCAUAGCUCCGAUGUUCCCGUAACCAUAAACUCGACUGUUCAUUACCAUAAAAUAUUUACGUUACGAUCAGAUCUCUCAGUUAUUACAUCAGCAUUUUCGUCUAACUUUUACCAUUACUCUUGAUUUCGUUACUUGAGCCUUUCUUACGUUUAUUACUUAACUUCAAAUCCAUGUUACAGCUCUUAAUCUGCCUCUUUUGUAGAGUAUCGAAAGCAAAAUGUUACAUGUGAUGGUGAAAUGGUUUGUUUGAUAUUUGACAACGGUGACUAAAAUUGUAUACCUAGCGAUUGUAAUCUUACUUGUAUCAAGAAAGUUAAAUUGUCAUUCAGGUGCCAGAGUAAAGUUGGAUACAAUUUGAGUUAACUUGACCCAGCUGGGAGAAAUACGUCAACUGCCUAAGUUUGUGACGGCAGGGUGAGGUUACACGAUCGAUAUUACCAAGAUGGCAAACUAUCAACGUUUAAUGGCAGGUGCCACGGCCCUUUGAUGUCAGACCCUUAAACUCGUGUUAUUAAAAUUACAAAUCAUUCAUUUAAGAUCUAAGAAUUUUCUACUUUUUUAUUUCAGUAAACGUCUGUAUCGAAAAGUAAUCAAAGUUCCAUAAAAUAAAUUAAGUGAAAUCGACUAUAAAAUUAAGUUGUUCAUAAGUUUCUAAAUGUAGUUUAAAUCCGUAAAUACAAACUUUAUUUUUAGUAAAUCUAUUAAGAUGUUAUAACAAAUAAUUGGAUUAGUCUUCAAAAGGAUCAGCUAUCUGAACUCUUGAAGAUUUGUGUGAUAUUCUAAGAAUAAUUGUUUUAAGGCUUUGUUGAUUCAACUGGAUGAAAUUAAAACAAAACUUUGUAGAGUAAAGCCUGAUUGGUCGCUGUUGGUUUGUAAUGACGUCACAUUUUGGUGUGACCGUGGUAAAGACAGAUUCAAUUGAUGGCUGAAAUAUUGCUCGAGCUUUAGAAGAAUUGUGGUGUGUAGGUACAUUUUUAUUUGAUCACUAUUAUUAAGUGCCGGCAUUGUGAAGACCCGCGAUCAUUUAUAUAAUAGAUAUUAUUAACUCUUGUUGUUCUUGAUUGAAAAAAUAGUUAAAUGAUUGUAGACUUUUCUACUGUAAUUUAAAUACAAGUGUGUUCGUUUUAACGUUUGUUGUGUUAUGGUUUAAAGAAGUAUUAUCACAGAUGACCUAGCACUUACUUUGUUAGUAUUAGAUUAAAUAAACUGAGACUUUAGAAACAAAAAAGUAGACUUUUACAAGACGUAGACGCGUAUAAAUAUAAUGUAACUAUAAUUACUGAUAUUGUGUUUAAGUAUUUUGAUACUAAUAUGAUUUGUGAAAUUAAAAUAUGAACAUUUGUAAGUAAAAGUGUGUUUCAAUUUUUGGAUCAUUUAUAACCUCUUUUAACAUCUAUUGAAGUCAUAUGGCAUGGUUCGAGUCCUGGCACAUAC